UCCCCAACAAAAAAAAAAACAAUCACAUACAAAAACGUCAGUGGCACAUCAAAGUGAGCACGACCAAUGCGUCCACGGCGCCACAGCCACAGUGGCAUCCAUUUCGAACGGACGUGGUGCACCUCAAGAAAAACCGUGUUGAACCCAGCAAUUGGACUGUUAAUUUUAUGUGAUUCUUGACGAAAUACAAGCGCACAGAGAGCUCGAAUCGGCCGACACCCGUAGUUUUCCACGAUGGAAAAGUUACGUGGCGAUGUGGUCACAAUGAUAAGGGGAUGUUUGAUCUCCAACAAGUCCAAGAUGACACUCCAGCAGCUCAACAGAGAUUACAGGAUGUUGUGUGGCGAUCACAUUCCUUAUGUAAAAUUAGGUUUCAAAAGACUGGACGAGUUCAUACAAUCUGAACCGUCACUGCGACUUAUAAAUGCCGGCAAUGAGUUUUACGUCGAGGCGGAAGUGAGUGGUAAAUCCUUGCACAUCCAGGAGAUGGUCAAUCGCCAGAAAACCUCCAAAAAACCUGUUGCCAGGAAGGUGGUGCGUUUCAACCAGUCCAACAACAGAAACCAGCAGCCGCCAAAGAUGAACCGCUGGCGCCCCAACAACCGGUUCAAGACUAACAUUGAGAAUUCGCCGCGUCUCGCGGCCGUUUCCCACAACCAGUUCGUGAACCGGCCGCAACGUCAAGUGCUGCAGCAACAGCACCCUCAGCAGCAGCAAUACCAGCCACAGCAACAACAACAGCACAACCAGAACCACCACGGCGAAAGCAUGCAGAGCAGGCUGCAAAAGAAACGACCGGAACCGCUGGUCCUGAACCAGGCGCCGUCACCGACGACACCGCCCCCUCCAUCAUCUCAAAACGGCGCCACGCCACGUCCAAAACACAGUCCGAUAGUGUGGGACUUGACACCCACGCCCGAAUCGUGCUCGUCGCUCACCAGCGUCAAGCGACGUCUCAACAAGAAGAUGUCGCAAAUGACCGUCGACACGGACAGCGGCAUCGGCAGUCCGACUGCCGACAAGCCGGCGGAGGCGCAGUUCAAGCGCACCGACGACCCGUGCGCCGACCUGAGACGUUUCGCCGAACAACAUGCCGGCCUCGGUCAAGUCGACGUCUCCUUCAGGGAGGUGCAGGCCAAGAAAUUGGCGCAGCGUUUUUUCACCUGCAAAAUACAGGUCGGAAAGUCCUCGUACUACACCUACCCAGAGGAGUUCAAGUCGCAGGCGGAGGCCGAACGUUUCUGCGCCGACAAGGCCCUCACCGAUCUCAUACCGAAAUACUCGAAACGCCGUUCCCUGCUCCAGUCCAACUACAUGGACAUACUGGAACGGGUGCCGCCCAUGUUGGAGAAGCAUCAGCACGGCAUAUGGGCGUGGCAACUGGAGCUCGACUACUCCGAUAAGUACGACGAAAUGUUGCCGAGCGAUUGGCUCAAGGUCAUCGACAGUAGUCCAUGCAUUCAGCUGGAGAAGUGCGGCGACAACUGUGUGCUCAGACACUGCAAGCCAGGAGACGUAUUGCAGAAGGGACAAAAGUGGGACGCGUCCAUGACCAUUUCCGACGUUUCCGUGCCCUCCAACACCGUCCAGUUCUCCGAGGAGGAACGACUCACUGCCCAAAUCACCUACGUCGUUUCGGCCAACGAGAUUUGGUGCAGACAAUGUGACACCCCAGAGUUUGAAAGAUACAACGAUAUGUCGUUGAUGAUGCAGUCGUAUUACUCCAAAUUCGGCAAUACGUUGCAUGUAACCAACGUAAACGUGGGGCGGUACUAUGUGGCGUUACACGACGGUGAGUGGUACCGCAUUAGGGCGGUGGACAUCGGCGAUGACGGUGUCAGUUGUUUCUUCAUUGAUUACGGUGACGAAAGCAUAUUGACCACCGACUGUUUGUAUCAGUUAAAAAGGGAAUUUGCCAUAUGUCAAGCACAGGCUUUCGUAUGUCGUCUAGCUGGUUUAGAAGAACUAUACGAGGCCUCCAUCAAUUCAGAAAUUCUCCAAAGCAUCAUGUCCAAACAAGUUCUUAUUGAACUGGCUGCUGAUGUAACUGACGAAAAUAUUGACGACUUGAGCACACCAGUGUACAUGUACGAUUUGGAAACUGGCAACUCAAUCAACCAAAUUCUUAUUCCAUCCUUGACCAUCGAAUCUGCUUCCCCCAGUUUGUCCAAAGAUUUAAUAAACAACGUUUAUGUAACGAAUUUGGAAUCAAACGGCGACAUCUACGUGCAGAUUCACUCGCGUGGUUACGAAUACCUGCAGAGCCUGCUAUCGACGCUCCAGAAGCAGAUCGCACAGAAACCGCCGCGUCACAUGCUGGAGCCUAUCAACAAACAAAACUGCAAGGAUCGUCUGUUCCUGAUCCAGGAGCCGUCUGGUCCCAACUGGCACAGGGUUAAAGUCAUCGAUUGGGCGCCCCAGGGCACAUACGCCCAGAUCUAUUUCAUCGACAAGGGCAACGCGGAAGUGAUCGACGUUUCCAAGGUGACCAUGUAUCCGCUCGACAAGCUCAGCGACGUUCUCAGCCAGUAUCCGGCACAAGCCGUUAAGGUAAAAAUGGCCCUGGACAUCGUGCCCGUCAACUUCGUGGACUUGGCCGGCAAAAUGUUGACCUCCAAGCAACCGAUACUGGUCAAAGUGCUGAGACACGACGAAGAGGACGUGCCAAUCGUCGAAAUGUUCAAGCGCAGCGACGAGGAUCUGCUCUUCUGCGUCAACCGUUCGAUCGACAUCCACUUCGCGUGUCAACAAGGGGAAGAGAACAAUAACAAUAACAAGGUGAAACGCAAGAUCACUACGUUCGCCGGCGUGGGCAAGACCGUGCCCAGCGGCGGCACCCUGCCCCGUCCUCCAUUGCCCGACAAGGGCUGCUAUUUCAAGGUGCGUGUCUCGUUCGCCGUCAACCCCUGGAACUUCUUCGUGCAGCCGUUGGACACGCAGGAACAGCUGCAGACGCUCAUGACCAAGCUGCAGGCCAGGUACAAGGACGUACUGUACAGUCCGCUGCAGACCGAGGAUAUAGUGCCCGGCGAGAUUUACGCGUCGAAGCACGAGGACGGCCACUGGUACAGGACCAGCGUCAUGAAGGUCAUACACAAGGGUUCAAUAUCGGUUUUCUACUGUGACUUUGGGUACUACUCCAAUUUGACCGUCAGUCAGUUGAUACCGUUGGACAGGGAGUUUUUGGAGCUUCCGUUCCAGGCACUAAAGGCCAAACUAGCUGGUGUGAAGCCAAAACAAGACAAAUGGACAGUGGAAGACUGUGAUUACUUCAAGAAACGAGUGGACAAGCAACGUCUGUACUCGGUACUUAAGGAUAUAGAGAAGGACGAGCUGUAUUAUCAAGAUAUUGUAUUAGAAUUGAUAUUGAUUGAUACUUCUGGCACUGAUGAUAUCUACAUAGCCAAAGACUUGGUUUCAAAGAAUAUCGCAAUCGAUGUGUCACAAGUUUAAUUUUCUUACAUAAUAAGCUAUAUGUUUUUAAUAUAGUUGUUGACUUUGGCCGAUUCCGGGUCAAAUAUUUAUGCACAAGACAAUAACAUUAUUGUUUGUGUUCCGGAAUUUGAGCCGUUUAUUUAUUGAGUUUGAAGACUUUUGCGGCUUUUGACUGCGAUAACAAUAAUAAGACAUUCUUAGUAAAGUAUUUAUAAAGAAUUACUAUCAAUGUUUAUGAUUAACUUUUGUCUAAUUAUAUUUUUGUGUUCAUAUGUUUUAUGGAAGAUUUAUUUAAUUUGUGUAUUAUCAAUUUGAUGUUAUAUUAUUUCCAUAUUUUAUAUUAUAUAAGCGUUGAACAAUGUUCGAGUGAUUUAUUUAGUAAACCAAAAAAAAAAUUUCGACCUAAAAUGUGACAAAAUUUUGAUACUUUCAUAAUAAUAAAUUCAAUUUUUCACACUAUAUUUUUGAUAAUGAAAUUGAGUAAAUUAUUUCUAAAAAGUUAAUAUUAAUGUUGUUAUGUUUAACUUUUGUCUAAUUAUUAUUUUUGUAUCAAAUACGUUAUAGAAAAUUUAUUUUAUAUUUACCAAUUUCAUGUUAUGUUAUUUCCAUAUUUUAUAUUAUAUGUGUUGAAAACUG